CGGAUCCCGGAGUGGAUCCCGGAGUGGAUCCCGGAGCGGAUCCCGCCGGGAGCGGCACCGGGAGCGGGGCGGGGCCCGGAUCCCGCCGCUCUGCCCGCCCUGGGAUGAUCCCGUGCCAGGGGGAUGGACAGGAGCACCUUGCCAGCAGUGGCACAAGAGCUCUUGAGAGAGAUCAAAAAGGCUUUCCAGGAGACCUCACAGGUCCCUGAUGACCUGCUCCUGGGGCUGAAGUUCAUUUUUGGCCCAUCUGCAAUCCCAGCUCUGGAUCUGGUGGAUCAGCGUUCUGUCACCCAGGUCAGGUCCCCCAGUGGAAGGACUCUCUACCAGGGGAUCUCUGCUGCCUGGGAGGAAGCAAUGCAGGCCAAACCCGUGGGUUUCAUUCUGGUUCAGUGUGGCCAAGGCUGUGAAUCAUGGAAACAUCCCCAUGAAAUGGAAUUUUGCAGAGAAGAGCUCACCUCAGCCCUGAGAUCAAGCACAGCACAGGCUGGGUGUGAGGUCCUUGGAAGCUCAGGCAAACUCUACACCUGCUACAGCUCCUGCCACUUCUGCACGUGCCCCGCCUUUGAGUUUUCUGUGUUGCAGAAGAGUGAGAGCCUUCUGUGCAAACACAUCCUGGCUGUCUACCUCAGCCAGGCCAUGGGAGCCUGCCAGGAACUGGCUGUGUCUGAGGAGCAGCUCACAAACAUCCUCCUGGCUGAGGAAGAGGAUGAAGGAUGAAGGAUUUGGAUCACUCCUGGCUGUGUAGCUGGCAUUUUUAAUAUCUACAGGGCUGUCAAAUGCUCAUUGUGGUCAGUUGAUUUCUUCCUGUGCUGCAGCAAAGCGUGAUGUUAAUUAGCAGCCUGGUACUGAUAAAUUAAUUAAGCCUG